GUUUAUCCUCUAAAGACUGAACCGACGGAAGAGAACAUGUCGCCGAGAAGAACCAGAAGCCAGAAAUUCCGCGACUCUAGUCAAGUCCCAGAACAGGAGGCCGCGGAGCUCCGGAACAACCGCUUCACUUUGUUCAUCCAGCAGUAUGAGAAGGAAGCCCAUGAGCGAAUAUCGGAGAUGGAAGCGAGGAUGGACAACAUGUUGAAGACUGUGGAUAAGUUCUUCAAAGUGGAGCUGAUGAAGAUGCCUCCUUCCCUUCAGCGUACUCUCAUAGGGGACUUGAUCGACCAUGGAGUCACUUCAAGCGACGUUUCCAUUGCUAUAAAGACUAAUUCACCAGAGAUCCAGCGGCCCCUGAAGAGGACGUCCAGUAGAAAAGGUCGGAGUUCCCCCGCUGAAUCAGUCCAGGGUCAGAAACCAUCAGCGAAGUCCCAAACGGGAGGGAAGGUCGUCAAGAGCAGAGGUUUGGUUGUCAGCGCCAGCGCCGGAAAUCUCGGGUUUUCGUCGGGGACCGUGAAGAGAACCCUGAGCCGCGUGGCCAAGGGCGUCGACCCGGCCGUCAAGACCAAGCAGAAAAAGCUGAGGGCGAUAUCGUCUGCAGGGGACCUGUGUUCGGUCGCCGGCUUUAAUCCUCACGUGACCAUCACCACCUCCCAGGGCCAGAGGUUCUGCCUCUCCGAGGAGACCAAGGAUAACAUCGCCCUGGACCUGCUGGAUGAUGUGGCCAUGUUCCAGAUCCAGCAGCUUAUGAGGCUGAUGGACUACCUGUCCAGUAAGGCGAAGCCCGCUGAAGAAUAGUGAACUGCAUCUGUGUGGUCUGUUUUUUAUGUUUGUAGCACAGAAAAAAAAAAUUAGGGACCUGUGAAAAUUGUUUGUGAACCUUUUAUUUUUAUGCUGAUAUAAAAUAAAGCCUUUAUUUCUCAUA